GAAUUGGACAUCUCUUGCAACAGGAUAAAGGUUAUCCCUCAGGAAAUCCAGAGACUCACAAAGUAUGGGAGUAACUCUACAUAUCAUACAAUAAGUAACUGUUGUCUGCUCUUCUCUGAAACUAUGCUCUUUCAUCCUCCCCUCCCUGCUCCCUCUCAGUCUGACGACUCUCCUGCUCCACUCCAACCACCUGACGUCUCUCCCUCGCGGCCUGGUGGACCUCCGCAGACUCACCACCCUCGUACUUGCCUUCAACAGGUUCAUCGAGUUGCCGCCACUGCUGAAAGAGGUUCCCUCUCUCUCCACGCUCAUCAUGUCCGGCAACAACAUCUCGUACGUCACUCACUCACAAACACAACAAAACAACAAAACAUGUCACUAUUAACAAAACACAGCACUUCCCUGACUUUCAACUCAUACUAGGACUAAACCCCAUCAUUUACCCUCCAUCUCACUCUUUCUGUCUCUCCAUCAUUUACUCCCUCCUUUCCUCCUGCCCCCACAGAUCCAUUCCCGAGGACAUAUCUCUGAUCGAGAACCUUCGUCACUUGGACUACCGUCUGAACCAACUGAAAUCUCGCCUCCCUUCCUCCACUCAGGAGCUCCCGGCGCUAUCUCGUCUCAACCUGCGAGGGACCGACAUACGAGAGCUCGACAUGAAACUCCUGCCCUUUGUCGAAGACUUGAACUGUUCCGACAACAAGCUGAAAAGUCUGACGCUCUAUGAGAGCCCGUCUGCAUACACUGACAGCUUCUAAUAACAGCAUAUCGAGGUUCAUUGUGUCCGCCAACUGUACCCAGCUCACAUCCAUCAACCUAUCACGGAACCAACUGAAGUCCCUGCCAGAGCCUCUGACCGGUGUCGGCUCACUGCAGAAACUGGACGUCAGUCACAACAGACUCGCCCACCUACCCUCUGGGAUCUUCACAAUGCCAGAGCUGGAGGUGUUGAUUGCGUCAGAUAACCGCCUCUCGUCUCUCCCCUCCUUCGUCCCCGAGGGGUGUGGCCUCCAGGUGAUCGAUCUCCAUGGAAACCAGCUCACCUCCCUCCCACAGCAGCUGAUAUUGAGAGCUCCACAACUCUGUACUCUCAACGUGAGCAGUAACCAGCUGUCAGUUCUACCACUGUCCAGUCCCCACGGACCAGGACCCACUCUCACCACUCUACUAGCAGCCAACAACCUACUGGGGGACGGAGUCUCUCCCACUAUCUCGUGUUGUAGGAAUCUGAAGGUGCUACAUUUGGCUUAUAACAAACUGGAGAAUAUUCUUCCAAGCACGUUUGUCACACUGAAGCAGCUGGAAUACCUCAACCUCUCUGGGAACCACGCCCUCUCCUCCCUCCCUUCCCUCUCCCACUGUCCCCAUCUCCACACCCUCUCUCUUCACUCCACACUCCUCACCUCUCUCCCCGAUGGCACACCCUCUCUCGGGAAGAUUGCUAAUCUUGACCUCGCCCACAAUGGAAUGUCUGAACUUCCCAAGCUGGGGCGGUUCUCCCAACUGAGGUACUUGGAUCUGUCUGAUAACACCGAGCUAAAGAUCAAAGAAAGCGACGUCCCUCAGAUCAAAUCACUGACCAGGUGUGUACUGGAGGGAGGACUUGGUAUCCAUAGCGAUGCCAGGAUGAUGUCACAGGUGGAAUGCAGCGUGGCUCCGCCCCACAACCUCUGGAGUUUUGGCUCUGCCCAGUCUCCCGGGGUGAGUGGUGGACUGGACUGCACCAUGCAGGUCAAAUCCCCAUCCCUCUCGGCCGGCAGAGACGCACUCUUUGCCAUCCUCAACGGGGGGAGAUCCACAGCUGCCCCUGCAAUUAUCCAGAGCAAAUUAGCCGACGUCAUGCUGAGGGAGUUCGCUGACCAGUGGGCGGAGCCUGGAGGAAGAGACCACACCCCCAGAGUCCCUCAGAUACCUAACACACACCUACCUGACAGCUCACCAGAUGCUGGGAGAAGUAGGGUGUUCAUAUGGCUGUUCUAUGAUACUGUGCCACCUACAUAUGCUCCGUUCCAAGAAAUUGGUUCUGAACGUCGCCAAUGCAGGGCUUGGUGAAGCCAUAUUGUGUCGCAGAGGUCACGCCGUUUCCUUGGCAACAGCCCACUCCCCGGCAACAAACAAAGAGGAGAGACAGAGGGUUAAAGAGGCAGGCGGUUUCAUAUCACAGGACUAUAGGGUGAACGGAGUUUGUGGCACCACCCGUCUUGUUGGCUGCUACCACUUGGGCCCAGAGAUAAUACCUGCCCCCUCAACCUUCUCCCUCCCUCUCACCCCCGGAGACGAUUACAUCAUCAUCGGCACCGACAGUCUGUGGCAGCACGUGUCACGAGAGACGGCACUCCAGGUGGUGUCGCAACCCCACCAGACCCCCGGCUCCGCUGCCAGGACCCUCCGAGACCUGGCCGUGGGGUGUGGCUCCAGGAAUGACGUCUCCAUUAUCGUCAUAAGGCUAACUGUGGGGUUGGGACUUGGAGAGUCCGCAGUCCAUUCCGAGGAGUUUGGGUCUCAGGAACCGGAGCACCACGACGAGUCAGACGAAGACAUAGAAUUCACCAACAUUGACGAUCUUCUGUCCGAUACCGAGGACGGUGUGGAACCAGGACAGGAAUCGACGUGGAACGGGGUCAGAAUGAGGAAUACGGCGCCGGGGGCGUUGUCUCCAGUGGUGGCCAAUGAGGACAUUGAUCAGAUGAUCCUGAGAGCCGUAUCGUCUCCUCCCACUUCCCCCUUCGCUCCAGAGAUGAAGAGCACCAACAUCGACGACAUUCUCUCGUCUACUCCUCACCCCCUCCCCACAGCAAGCCACACCCCUCACCACCCUCACAAACCUCCCUCCGCCCACACACGUAACCAGCGGCAGAGUCAUGCUGAACAGGGAGACAUUGGAGCAGGGGAGAGAAAGUCGGGGGUGAAGAAAAUGACGAGGGUGAACUCCCCGCAUUCUCCGCCCUCGAACCCCGGGUACCCCGCCCAGACCAUUCCGCGAGACGCAGCUGGCUCUCGCUCAAAGGGCGGAGACUCCUCCCCGCCCAUCCCACCUUCCCAGGCCAUCGACUACGAACAAUAUCGAGAUUCCUUCGAAGUCACACAGAGUGCACCCAUGAUCCCUGCAAACACACCCCAGCUGUCGUCACAGGGUGCAGAGACCACGCCCACUGCGGUGGGUGUGGCAGGUGGGCGUGGCAAGGGUGUGAUCGGGCGGCAGAGGAUUGUGGAGGAGGCGGGUUUCGGGGGGAGUCUCCAGCGAGAUGAGAGGGGAGGGAGGAGGGACAGGCAUGAGAGGGGGUUGAGGGGAAACAUCACUAAACGAGAUCUGGAAGGGGGCGUGGCAGCAGAAGGGACGAUGGAGGGGUACCUGGCACAGCUGAACCGGACCAUGACCGACUUGGACUCUGACCCCGGCUCCUGGAAUGGAACGGAGACGCGGCCGAAGGCAGCAGAAUGGAACCAGUAUCCAGCGGAGACUGUCGUACGUGGAGUCUUCGUAUCAACAACUCACCAACAAUGUCUACAGCGAAGGUGCUUUGGGAGGACAGCAACAAGACAACGAACUGGACCACUGGUAGAACCUGAAACUACAAUGUGAACUACAGCGUGACAUAUUUUUUAUUUUUUACGCACCAAAAUUACAUUGGUCUGAGCACACGUUCAUUACCCAUUUUCACGCCAACAUUUUUGCACUUUUUUUACUAAAGAAGAGUAUUUUUGAUAAUGUCAGAAGGAAAACAGGUUCUAGACCUAUUUUUCCAGGAAGACCAGUUGGUCAACUAGGAAACAGUCUCUUGUGUUAGUUGUCAGGGCCCUCAGUCCUGCCACCACUCCUGCCUCGUCCUCAUGGGGCACAGAACGAGACCGCGCCUCCUUCAGGUGACCGUGGAUACGCCCAAACAACUCCUCUCCAUAUAUGGCUAUGCAUUGUCUGGAAUACAUGGGGUUAAAGGUCAACAACACUAUCAUAGUGGGCCCUUCUUUGAAAUGAGGACACAUCUCUCUCCAUGUUUUUUACGGUUGUCAUG